CUAUAUAAAUUCAGUUCGAAGUGAAGCUUGAAGGCAACAAGUUAAAAAUUAUUCACGAGUUAAAGUAAAUAGCUCUUACAAUCUUACUAAAUCGAAAUGAAAUUCUUCGCUGCAAUUUUCGGCAUUUUCGCCGUAAUCGGUUGCGCAUUGGCGCUUAAGGAUCCUAUCUGUGGACAGGAGCACUCUGCCGAUGGCGAUGGUUUGAGGAAGUGUGCCGCCUAUGCACCCUCUUGGACCUUCGAUGCCAGCAGUAACAACUGCUUGAGCUUCAUUUAUGGCGGCUGCGGCGGUAAUGACAAUCGUUUCCCCUCACAGGUAGCUUGCGAACACACAUGCAAGGAAUAACGGGGCAAAGGAAACGUUUGGAAGAUUGUGUUGUGAUUUAAUUAAAAUUGGAAACUUAAUAAUCUUACUUUAAUAAAAAUAUGUGAUUGGUAAUGAAAUAUU